AUGUCCGAAGUUCAGAGCCGAUCGUCUGCGCGCGGCAGAGUAUCCACCCGGGGUGGCCGUGGUGGCUAUAGCUCCAGAGGUGGCCGUGGUGGAAACAGCAGAUCCGCAAACACCGACAGCUCAGACCCUGCCCCAUUCGAGGAGGGUGAAAUCGGACAAAUGAAGAAGAAAUACUCGGACGCCCUGCCCACUCUCAAGGAGUUGUUCCCCGACUGGAAGGACGAGGAUCUCGUGUUCGCACUUGAGGACUCCAACGGCGAGAUCGAGGAAGCAAUUGAGCGCAUUACCGAAGGCAAUGUGUCGCAGUGGGGAGAGGUCAAGAAGAAGACCACAGACCGAACCCGGCCUAAGGCGAAGGAAGUCCAGAGCACCUCGACCGAGACGACUGCAGCUUCUAUUCGCGCAGGCCGCGGUCGUGGCGGUUUCGAGAGCCGUGGACGUGCCCGUGGAGACCGGGGUCGUGCCGGUCGCGGCGGCCGGGCAGGAGCCCAAACUACGAACGGAUCUCGCACGGCGACCAUCCCCGCAGAGGCCACAGCCACCACGACCACCACCACUACUACCCCGGCGGCCGAGAUCGUGGCGACACAGGUGGGAGAAGAGGUUGACAGUGAGCCCGCAGUGGCAGCUUCAGAGUCGACCGAGCCCAAGACCAGUGUGAUCCCCGAAGGCACAAAGAAGGGAUGGGCAAGCCUCUUCGCCAAACCCCCUCCUGCUCCACAGAAGAAGCCUCCUACGGCCGCUCCGGCUCCUGCACCUGAAAAGGCUGCAGAGCCCGUGGUUGAGGAGAAGGCCCCCGAACCUGUCCCCGUCCCCGCCGCCGCACAGAAGACGCCCGUUGCCAAACCUGCCGAAGUUCCUAUUCCUGCAAUUCCCCAGACGAAUGUGAAGCCUCUGAAGGAUGAUUUGACCGAGACAAAUCUCGAGCAGAUCCCUGAUGUGUCCGCUCCUGCACCUACUGCAACCGCUGCCAGCACCGUCGGUAGCACCUUUGACCCGGCUGCUGCGGCGACUGCUACUCCUUCGCGGGCGCCCCCCAGCACUCUCCCAGGUAGUGGAUUGAAGCAGAGCAGCCGCGCCCCUGGCUUCCAGCGUCGUGUUAUGGAGCAACAGCAGGCUGUCGUUAUGCCCGGCAACCACGCUGUGGACCGCGCCGCUGUGCAGUUUGGUAGUAUGGGCUUGAACGGUGACGCCGUGGACAUUGAUGAGAACCGCGAGGAGGCCGAGACCCGCGCCCAGCCUCCCCAGCACUCUCCUGUCGCCCCUCGUGCCUCCCUCCCCCCUUCGACCCAGGCCUCUGCCGAGACUCGCCCAGCCCCUGGUCUUCCCCCGGUCCCUCAGGCUGCCGCCGAGUCCACCUUCAACGACUUUGCCCGCUAUUCCUCUGAGACCCAGAAGCCCUUCGACCCCUUCACUCAGCAAGUCGGCCAGCCCCAGCCGCAGAUCCAAGAGCCGUUCGCCAACCAGGGUCCGGCUCAGCCCACUGCCACCACCGGCAGCGAAUAUUCUCCCUUCUACGCUGUUGACCAGCAGCGCUUCCCCUACAACUAUUAUGGCAGCUACGCCCAGUCUCAGGAUGCCAGCGCUGGCCCCCGAGGCGCUGGCUUUGGCGUGUCUGCCGCCGAGGCUCAGCCUCAAGUUCCCGCCACCCAGCCUGCCGGCCGCUACGGCCCCGUUGAUGCCACGAACAGUGGCCACAACACGCCCAACCCGACCCUGCCUGGUGCCACUCAGCAGACCCCGGCCGCACAGCACAUGCCGGGCCAGCAGAGUGCCCACGGCUAUGGCUACGGCUACCCUUACUACUCCAACCCCCACUAUGCUACGUACAUGAACCAGAUGGGCCAGCACGCCGGUGCCGCCUAUGGCCGCUCUGGCCGCCCCUAUGAUGAUGCUCGCCGUUAUGACGAGCAGCAGCACUACGGCAUGCCUCACACCUCUCAGUACGGCUAUGGUAGUCAGUAUGGUCCCUACGGUGGUGGCAAGGGUGGCAUGUACGGUCAGCCCCACGGUUUCUCCUACGAGCACACAUCUUCCCCCGCAAAUGCCGCCGGUAGCUUCAACCAGAGCACGCCUGGUCGUGACUCCGUUUACGGCCGCACUGGCUCCGCCCAGCCUUCCGAUACCCAGCAGACUGCUGCAGGCUCCAAUGCCUUCGGUACCGGCAUGUCGGACGUCUUCGGACGGUCCCAGGCUGGCUUUGGCCAGAACCCUCCCGUCGCCCAGCAGCCCCCUGUGACUGCCGAGGAGACCAAGGGCUUCGAUGCGUCGAAGACUGGCGGUCCCUCCCCGUCCCUUGCCCAGGCUAACCGCCCCGGCUCUGCCACCAACACCCCUGGUCAGGCUCAGGCUCAGUCCGGCCUCCCCCCACUUCAAGGCCAGCAGGGCCAGCAGAGCUUCAGCGGCUACCCCCACCUGAACCCCCAGUACGGUGGUCUUGGCGGCCUUAGUGCUCAACAGGGCGCUGCUUCGCAGACCCACCAGACCGGCUAUGGUAACUACGGUGCAGGCUUUGGUAACUACUACGGCAACACUGGCCGCGGCGGCGGCGGCGGCGGCGGCGGCUGGGGUGGCAACUACGGCCACUAA